UGUGAUAGCCCCCCCCUUUCGCUUCAUUAAAAUCAAAAUUGGACGGCCCCAAUUUCUGCCCAACUUUUACAAUCCCUAACUUUCUCUCUCUUUCUCUCCGCCAUUUUUUUCCUCGCAGAGAAUCAAAUUCCCUUUUCUCUGAAUGAAUUGCUAGCUCCAGCCUUUCCUCAAUCUCAUCGCCAUGGCGAGAAUCGAUCGAGACUCAGUCAAAUCAGGAGAAGAAGAAGCCAACAAGGAGAACCAGCAGCCCAGCACCGCCGCAGCAGUCGCCGGAUUCAACGACGACUCCUGCCGGACUCCGACCAGCCUACGCGACAGGAUUCCGGCCGCCGUCGUCUGCCCUCCGGCUCCCCGGAGACCGAAGAGAACGGUGGUUCUAGGCAAGAGGAAACUGCCGCCGAUUCCGUUCUUCGAGAACAGCGCCGGCCGGAAAGAGAUUGAGGUUUUCUUCGCGUCCUUCUCGGAGCUUCCCAGGGUCGCGCCUCCCCCUGCUUUGAAGAAGAGACUCUUCGUAAGUCAAUGAUGUCUCUUAUCCUGCGCCGCGGAGUACAUAAUUCUCUCUCCCCUUCUUUUUUUUUCUUUUUUUUCUUUUUUUUUUUAAAUUUUCCGUCGGGUCAUGUAUUUAUAAAUAAGAAAAUAUAUGUAUGCCUGAAUUAGAAUUCUGCGAUUUAUUAUUGGAAAAAGAGAAAAAACAAAGAGUUUGAGAUCUGUUAGAACUUAGAACUCUGUGAUUUGAAUUUGUGGGAAUUCUGAUUGACUAAUGUUGUAACGAUAAAUUUAAUUUUGUUAGAUUUAUCUCAGGGCAUACUUUAAUUUAUA